UCGUCGGAAAUUCAUUGUGUUUGUGAGUUUCAUUGCGACACAUUAGACGUAUCCGUGCAGUUUUUGUUGUGAACAAAUUAUAUUUUCUCUAAAUCAAUACGUGCAAAGCCAUGGAGGUGGAAAGAAAUAAUGAUAUAAUUGAGUAUCUGCAGCAGAAUUUCGGUUAUAAAAUACCUAAAUUCUGUGAAACAACGAACAAAGUGUACACACUGUCAAAAUUAGAUGAAUCUGGCAGUGAAUACAAGUCAAUUGCGAAAACCGCAUAUGUAUAUGGUGGAACCAUCGGGGAAAUAUCUAUAAUUUCAAUAGAAAAAGUAUUCAAUCCCUAUACACUUGCCCUUUACAAUUUGAAGAAAUCUGAAACGAAUGGAGAUGUACUUGAAUAUGAGCUGUGGCACGGAACAACAGAAUCCAGUCUCGACAAUAUUUUGAAGAAAAAUUUCGACUACAGAUUGGUGAAACAACAUUUAUUCGGCAAAGGCAUCUCAUUCUCAAAAUACUUCUCGUACGCAUUCCAUUACAGCGUCUCAAAUAAUCCACAGAUAGAUGAAGAAUAUUGCAUUUUACUCUGCAAUGUUUUUAUAGGGAAAACUGAAAUCGGUUAUAAAGGAACGAAUUACCCAAACCCUGGAUAUAAUACGACAAUAAAAAGUAAUGGCGAUGUGUUUGUUAAGUAUGAUGAUGACACUUUUUAUCCGACGUACAAAAUACGUUAUACUAUUAAAGAAAAAUCGUAAACUUCUACUGAAUGAGGAAUUGUUUAAUUUCUUCCCAAUAUAUCAAAAUAAUUAAUCUAAUAUAUUUUCC